UCGUGGGUGUCUCAGCCCCAGCUGCCCUGGCUGAGGGAGAAUCUUGAGUAGAAAAGCUUCUGGUUAAUGUCCCUGUCGGAGUGAUGCUUUUAUUUCCUUUUUUCUCUUCCUUGCCUCCUCCUGCUGGCUGCUUUGUCCCAAGGCAGGACACGUGGCAGGGCUGGGUGUCCCCAAGGGCCACUGCCACAACGACGUGCGCAGCAAAUAAAGUGUUUUGUGCACAAUGGUGCUCGAGGGAGCAGCUCCUGGAGUUCCCAUGUUCCUUUUGGAGGCAGCUGCAGGCAGGAAGCAAAAAGAGAGUUGGAAGGGGGGCACGUUGCUGCCAGUGCUCCUGGUGAGCUGUCACCUGGAGUCUGUGCUGUGGGGACAGGAGCAGGGUGACGUCCUGUGCUGCUGGGUGCUGGCCCAGGGACCACAGCCCAGCCAAGGCUGAGAAAUUCUGUUUGCUCCUUUGGACUCCCUGCUGCGUGGAUGCUCAGUGAGAUUAGAGCAAGUGGAAUUUAAGGCUUUGAAGGGGAAAGUGAAAGGUAAACCUUUGAUAGCAGAGAUAAAAGAGACUCCUGGUGCCGGUGUUUUCAGAUCAACCCUGCACAAGGUGCAAGACUGUGUGCCUGUUGGGGAUGGAUCCAGCCUCAGCCACUGCAAAUGGUUGCAUCCUGGAGGGAGAGGAGGAAAACUGACCUCUUCCUUAUUGCCUUGGGGAUGCAGAUUUUUUGCUAACUGGGCAUUAGAAUGAUUUUUUGAGCAAAAUAAGAGGGCAGAAAUUGAUGAAAGGUGCAUUUCAUGAUCACCUUCAAAGUCUGCAGCUCUCUUUGAUGGGACUCCAGAGCAGCGCUUUUGGUCCCCUGCUCUGCCAAGCAGGAGAAGAGGUCCCUGGGGCAGGGUGUGUGCCCGUGGUCCCCUCACCCUGAGGAUGCCAGGGAAGAGCAAUGGUGUGCACAGCUCCCCAGCCAACCACCAGCCCGGGGGUGGCACGGAGGGGACAGGGCUCAGCACCAGGACCUGUUCAACCCAGGAUGGCACCAGCUCAGAGCUGCAGAGAGGAGCCAGCCUGCAUGGGGGGGAGCAGGGGGCUGACCACGCUUUCCAAGGCCAGGGAGCCUUAGCCAGGAUAGCCCGGCUGGUGCUGGUGCUCAGGGACUGGGCCAACAGGAGCCUGCACGAGGAGCAGCAGAGGCCAGACCCCUUCCUGGAGCGUUUCCAAGGCCCCCAGCUCCUGACAGCGGCUGCAGGCGCUGAGCUUGAGGAUGAGGAGACUGAGAAGUUAAACAAAAAGAGGAAAUGGCUCUUCUUUGUGGUGGACCCUGCAGGGGACUGGUAUUACCACUGGCUGGCUGUGAUUGCAGUUCCUGUCCUCUAUAACUGGUGCUUGCUGGUGGCCAGGGCUUGCUUCACUGACCUACAGAAGACCUACUUUGUGCUGUGGCUCGUGUUAGAUUACACCUCAGAUGCUCUCUACCUCGGGGACACAGUGAUCCGCCUGCACACAGGAUUCUUGGAACAGGGCCUCCUGGUUAAGGACCUGAAGAAGCUGCGGGAUAAUUACAUCCACACGCUCCAGUUCAAGCUGGAUGUUCUCUCCACCCUGCCCACAGACCUGGCCUAUUUUUGGGUGGGACUGCACUGCCCUGAGCUGCGUUUCAACAGGCUGCUGCGCUUCUCCCGCAUGUUCGAGUUCUUCGACAGGACCGAGACCAGAACCAGCCACCCCAAUAUCUUCCGCAUCAGCAACUUGGUUCUUUACAUCCUGGUCAUCAUCCACUGGAACGCCUGCAUUUAUUACGCCAUCUCCAAGGCCAUAGGCUUCGGGGAGGACAGCUGGGUCUACCCCAAUGUCACAGGGCCUGAGUACGGGUAUCUGACCCGGGAGUACGUCUACUGUCUUUACUGGUCUACGCUGACUCUGACCACCAUUGGGGAGACCCCUCCCCCCGUGCGGGAUGAAGAGUACCUCUUCGUGAUCUUUGAUUUCCUCAUCGGCGUCCUCAUCUUUGCCACCAUCGUGGGGAACGUGGGGUCCAUGAUAUCCAACAUGAACGCCACCAGGGCGGAGUUCCAGGCCAAAAUCGACGCCGUCAAACACUACAUGCAGUUCCGCAAGGUGAGCAAAGACCUGGAAACCAAAGUCAUCAAGUGGUUCGACUACCUGUGGACCAACAAGAAGGCAGUAGAUGAACAGGAGGUCCUCAAGAACCUCCCUGAUAAGUUAAGGGCAGAGAUCGCCAUCAACGUUCACCUGGAGACGCUGAAGAAGGUGAGGAUUUUCCAGAAUUGUGAGGCAGGGCUGCUGGUGGAGCUGGUGCUGAAGCUUCGGCCUCAGGUGUUCAGCCCGGGGGAUUACGUGUGCCGCAAAGGGGACAUCGGGAAGGAGAUGUACAUCAUCAAGGAGGGCAAGCUGGCCGUGGUGGCGGAUGAUGGGGUGACACAGUAUGCUUUGCUCACUGCAGGGGGCUGCUUUGGUGAGAUCAGCAUCCUCAACAUCAAAGGGAGCAAAAUGGGCAACAGGCGCACGGCCAACAUCCGCAGCUUGGGCUACUCUGAUCUCUUCUGCCUGUCUAAGGAAGAUCUCAUGGAAGCAGUCACAGAGUAUCCUGAUGCCAAAAGGAUCUUGGAGGAGCGUGGCCGGGAGAUCCUGAUCAAGGAAGGGCUGCUGGAUGAGUCAGCUGCAGAGGAAAGCACAGAAGGGAAGAGCCUGGAGGAGAGGCUGGACAGGGUGGCCUCAAACCUGGACACGCUGCAUACCCGCUUUGGCCGGCUCCUGACUGAGUACAGUGAUGCCCAGAUGAAGCUCAAGCAGCGCAUCACUGCUCUGGAGUCCAAGAUGAGGCAGGAGGAACUGGAGGAUUUCUUCUCUGAUAGCUCAGACAGUCUGUUUGAGGAUGAGGAGGAAGCUUCACCCGGUGGGAUGCAGUGAGAGGGAACAGUCAGCUGGAUGAUGUCUGACCUGUGCUGAGGCAAUGUUUGCUGUUUCACAAUCAGACCCUGUGGCUGCCUUGCCAGGAGCUUUUCUCAGGUCCUUAGCACUGCUGCUGGCACUGCCUUGAUGGCAGCCCCUGAGGUGGCCCCAAAUCAGGGGAUUGUCUCGGCUCCUCCUCUGACCUGUCACUUUUUCAUUGCCUUUUGAGUUCAGCCUUUCUAAAUCCCUUCAGUCCCCAGUGAGUGUCUGCAAACACUGCCCAGUCUGCACCCAGAAACUCUUUACCCACCAGAUCCCCAAACUGAGCUAAGACAGACCAAAGUGUGCCUCUGACCCGUGCAGAUGGACAGGCUGUUUGGGUCCCUGUCCCUGUCCUGGUGCCACUCUUGCUGAGGCUGGGCACUGCCUGGCAGGGCCUGCCGUUGCCUCCUGCCCGCCUCUCUUCUAUGGUUUGGUGCUGUCAGGGGGCACCUGGUGCAGCUGGCUUGGUGCCCUGAGCACUGCACCUUCCUGGGGACAGCGUUCCCAAGCCCUCCUGCUGUGGAAGCAGUGUGAUGCCAUUUGGGCUGUGGAUGUGCAAUGCAGAGGUGCAGUGCUACGAGCAGGAGUCAGACAGAGAGCGGCUCUCUCCUCUAUCUAAUGACAGCCAGAUGUGCCAGGACAGCUUUGACUGAAAGACAUGUUUUUAAGGAACCAAGCCAUGGUGGGAGCCAACUGUGCCCAUAUUUGCUUUGCUGUGGGUAGCUCAGAGGGAGUGCAGAACACAUUUAUUUUCUUAGGCAGGGGGUUUUCUUGUACUCAGUGGGAAUUUUGGGGCUUUGCAGGCUGCAGAGGCCCCUGCCUUCCAGAGGAGAGAUGAGUGGCAGAGCCACAGGGACACGUGUGAGGGUGGAAACGUGGCACCACUGCAAGAGCCCGCAAAGCUCUGCCAGGCUGUGCUGCAGCCAUGGGGGGUCCCUGGUGUGAGUGUGGAGAGGGGGACAGAGGGGCACAGCGCCCAAACCCCUGCAAGCAGCAGCACCAGUGCAGGCAGCAGUGUCACCCAUGCCACAGGGCACGGGGCAGGUGCUGGGACUGGAGGAUGACACCUCACUUCUUGGGUCUGGGCCUGUGCACCCGUGGGGUGGGCUUGGGCUGGUUUCCAAACAUGGAAAUAUUUGGGGAGAAGGGAAUUCACGUUCUGGGUCAAAUUGAGCUACGAGUUUGGCUAAAAUGAUGGGAGGACACACUGGGAAAUGUCAGCCCAGAAGGGUUCACAGUGGAAAACUGAGGGUAUUUCCUUUGUUUUCUUCCCCUCUAAUCCACAAUUGCCUCUCUGCAUUUCAUAGGAACAUUUUCCAUUUAAAGAUAAUUGCCUUGCUUUUUGGGAUUGUGGGGGUAGGAAUGGUUGCAUUACCAAAAAUAGAAGUUGGGGCAAGAAUAAAAGUUUAUCAUCAUUAAACUGUA